AUGGAAGUCAAGGAUCUUAGCAAAGAUAAGCUAAUUAGUAAUAAUGGGCUUGAUGAAGAUAUUUAUGGAGGAAGUCAAGAGCAUGUAGAGAAGGAUAUGUGAUCUUUUGACGAGGUGCAGGAUGAUAGAGCAGUAGAAGUGGCUAAACAAGAGAGGGGAGAUAAUGUGAGGGGAAUUGUGUUCAUGAUUCUUGCUGGAAUGUGCUUUUCAACUGCUUCAAUUACUUGCAAAAUAGUGUACAUGAGGAAUGAAUACCUCAACGGGAUUGACUACAUGCUCUGGAGAUCAGUGUUCCCCACACUUAUCUCCAUUAUCCAGGUCUUAUCAGCCAAAGUCAAUGUUUUUGACAUUAAGAAAGGAUUUAGGCUAUUGCUGGUCUUCAGAAGUGUAGUCAGUGUCAUCGGAAUGCCUUGUUACUUUAUAGCAGUUAAGUACAUUCCUCUGAGCUUUGCAACAUUGAUUUAUAACAUUAGCCCAUUGCUGGUCGGAAUCCUCUCAUAUCUUAUUCUAAAGGAACAAAUUACGAGUCUCAAAGUUAUAUCAGUUGUUGGAGCGUUUACUGGUAUUUUUAUUCUGACUUUUCAUAAAGACGAGGACUACCAAGCAGGUCAAUUUUACAUGUUAGGGCUAAUAUUGGUAGGAAUCAACUGAUGUACUCAAGCUGUGAAUACUUUGACACUGAGAGCUUUGAAUAAGGAGAUUCAUUAUUUAGUGAGUCCAUUCUGGUACUUUGCCACGUCAUUGAUAUUAGCACUAAUGAUACUUGCUGUAUAUCCUUCAGCUUAUCAUUUCUCCAAAUUCACUAAAAUCGAUCUGACUAUCUUCCUUCUAUCCACAUUAUUCGCAUAUGGAGGGCAGCUGUUCUCCUCAAAAGCUUUGAAAUACUCUGAGGCGUCGCUAAUAACCCCUCUACAGUACUUAAACAUCCUCUAUUUCCUUAUCAGCGACAUUGCUAUCUUCCACUCAACGUUCACGGUCACUGAUGCUAUUGGAGGACUGCUGAUUCUUGUCAGCCUGUUAGCUCCAGUCUCUCAGACUUUUUAUCUGAAGUACUGCCGACAAUAAGUUGUAACGUACCUCUUAAGACUUUAGAGACAGAUU